UCAGACUGAAAUCCUCCCUGGAAGCAUCCUGCUGGGAAGAGAGCAGGAAUGCGAGGCCUCCGAAUAAUUUAAUUAGCGACAAAGGUUCGGGUUGAUACGAGGAGGAGAGAAAUGACUGGUUUUCCUAAGGAUUCCGCUUCUUUCUUUCCCAAACCUGCCCAGGGUGGUAAGCGCCGCUCUCGCAAGCUGGUGGUUAACUCGGAGCCCAGAGAUGGGUGCAACGAGUCGUGCCCGGAAAACACGCGCGUGUGCUCGACGUGUGGCGAUGAGAAGGAACGUUUGAGAAAUAGACGGUGUCCCGCAAGAAGUUCUGCUCUUGGAACUGGAUCCACAUGGGCCAGUCUUCGUCUCCGUGCAAGGUGCUGUUGAGCAGCUUUCGGCCAGUACUUGUUCCCAUGUGUGAAGAUGUCCUUAGUGGACCUAGGGAAGAGGUUGCUCGAAGCAGCUCGCAAGGGCGAAGAUGACGAAGUGCGGAAACUGAUGGCGAGCGGCGCCCCCUUCACCACCGACUGGCUCGGGACGUCGCCGCUGCACCUGGCUGCCCAGUACGGCCACUACUCGACAGCUGAAGUGCUGCUUCGUGCCGGCGUGAGCAGAGAUGCCCGGACGAAAGUGGACCGGACGCCACUGCACAUGGCUGCGGCCGACGGACACACUCACAUUGUAGAGCUGCUCAUCAGCAACGGGGCCGAUGUAAACGCCAAGGACAUGCUGAAAAUGACGGCUCUGCACUGGGCGACGGAGCACAACCACCGCGACGUCGUCGAGCUGCUCCUCAGAUGCGGAGCUGACGUCCACGCUUUCAGCAAGUUCGAUAAAUCGGCUUUCGAUAUCGCUUUGGACAAGAACAAUCCAGAGACUCUGGUCAUGCUGCAGGAAGCCAUGCAGAACCAGGUAAACACUCAUCCAGAGAGAACGAACCCCGUCACCAGCACUGUGACUCUCACCUCACCGUUUCUUCUGUCACCAGGAGAAGUUUUCAAUCUGGCCAGUCUCGUCUCUUCAGCAGACGCCAAAACAACCUCAGGUGACUCUCACAUCUCCACGGCGCAGUUUCCCAAUUCAUCGACCUCCGUGCUUGCUGCGCUUGCGGCCCUCGCCGAGGUAUCGGCGCCGCUGCCCAACUCAAACAGAGACCCAGGUAAGACGGAGGAAGUAGCGGAGGCAAAUUCCAUCGAUUCUGCCCUGCAGCACGUGGUUGGCAGCGGAGGGCAGCACGUCAUCGCCAUCGUGACCGACGGCGUUUCCCUGGGCAGCCUGCAAACGGCCAUCCCCGCCGGCGGCCUCAGCCAGCCCUUCAUCCUGACCAUGCAGGAUGGGCAGCAAGUUUUAACUGUACCUGCUGGUCAGGUUGCAGAAGAGACUCUCGCUGAAGACGGAGAUGACGCAGAAGAGGAGGAAGAGCCGCCAGCCAAGAAGCAAAAAGUAGAACAAAAUGUAGAUGACUCGGAAGACAAGGGCAGCGUUGAAAGGGAAGUGCUGCAGCAGCGGCUGCAGGAGGCGAACCAGAAGGCUCAGGAAUAUCGCAGCCAGCUCCGAAGGAAGGAGCAGGAGGCGGAGGAGUACCGCCUGAGGCUGGCAGCCAUGGUGCGGCAGCAGCCCAGCGGUGCCGAGGGGACGGUGCUCCACAAGGUCGCCAAGGGGGACCCGCUUGGGGUCACCCCAGAAGAACUCAAGGAAUCGGUGCUGUCCCUGCUGGAAAUGGAUCAGCCCACUGAUAUCGUUGUGGAAACUGUAACCUCCUAAUCCCUGGUCAUAGACUUUUUUUUUUUAAAGGAAAGUAACUUCUUUUUUUUUUUCAUUGUUGUUCAAUAAGGUGCUGUCGGCGCGUGGUGUUGAGGUCAGAGGGCCGUUGGCAGAGCUGCCCCGUCACCGGGGUCGGAGCUUCCCCAGCCCCUCGCAGCGUAACUCUGCUUUCAGCGCCGGGCCUAAAGGUGCUUUUAAAGCUUGACCUUGAGGGAUUUGGAAGCUUUUUAAUAACAUUUUAACCAGUGAGACCUGACGGCUUAUUUGGUGAUGUCAAUACCUGCUUUGUUGGGCAGUGGAAAAGAAAUACCUCGUUGCCAAAGCGGCUGGCGUUAGUGCUCGGCGGCCUGGGAAUUACAGCACUGAGAAGUGACCCUGCAGAAACCCGAGGUGUGCGCUCCCUUCCGCCAAGCUGAGGGACCGGAUCUGGACCUUCAGAAAAAAAA